AUGGAUAUCUCUCGAGAGAGUGCAUUACAAGCAGCAUCAGCUGCCAACAUCAUCUCAAAGUUCGUGGCUUAUGAGCAAGUGCAAACUCUCUCGGAUCUACGUGGUACCCUGUUCGAACCUAUUGUCAAUGGGAAACAAGGGUCUCUUCGGCUGGAUGCAAGUCGUACUGGUGUGGUGGUGUUGUGUCCUUCCGCAGUCCUUCUUACAACAGAGACGGCCUUUUCAAUGGUUAAAGAGCUGAUCGAGACGACGCAGUCUGGAUCAAUCGUACUCGUUCUCUGUGGUGGCAUUGGUCACUCAACUCAGUUGAUGCAUGAUGCUAUAUCUCGUCAUCCCAGGUACAGCCGCAUCUCUGAUCGGCUCCGCACGCUACCAGAGGCUCGCAUGCUUGAGGCUAUUGCGGAACAAUUCUGGCAACUGAGGGUCGACAGUGGCACACAAGCUUCCAUGGAAACCGCCACAAGAGAGAGACUGACGAUUUUGGUUGAGGACACAUCGACUAAUUGUGCACUCAAUGCCGUGAACACGAGAAAGUUGCUAGACGCCAACGGUUACACAUCGCCGCAUUCCAUUGUGGUUGCCCAGGAUCCCACCAUGUGUCGGCGUACCGUUGCUGCAUUUGAGCAAGUCUAUGCUAAUAAGGCCGAUGAGACUCCCGUGCUCAGAAGCUGGCCGACGUUUGUACCAAAGGUGUUGCUUACAGAUUCUCCGUCGCCAGAAAAUACUGGAGGUCUCACGUCACUCCUGUCCUACGAUUUCUCAGACUCCGAAGACAAUCGCAAGACGGACCUUUGGGGCAUGGACCGACUCAUGUCUCUACUGGUAGGAGAAAUCCCACGAAUGAGAGACGAUGAAAAUGGGUAUGGGCCACGAGGCAAAGGGUCGAUUGUGCAUGUCGAUAUCCCAAAGCAAGUCGAAGACGCCUGGAAGUUACUUUACGAUUUGCUUGGUCAGAGCGUGCGAUAA